AUGCUGCAAAUUCCUUUAGCAAAAUCAGAAAUUAGCAACUAUUCGCAAGUUGUGCCUGCACUUUAUGUGUUGGGCGACUCGUUGUUCGAUAGUGGGAACAAUAAUCUCUUGCCGACGCUAGCAAAGGCCGAUUUUUCUCCUUACGGCAUGAACUUCAACGGAGGCUGGCCAACGGGAAGAUUUACCAACGGAAGAACGGUCGUCGAUUUCAUAGGUUUAAUUAAUUUGCCACUUUUUCUAGUUCACAAUGUUCUUGAUUAUCUCUUUCUUUUCUUCGGUAGGUCUUUUGUUAGGCUACCUAAUGCUGAGUUUCUUGGGUUGCCAUAUUCUCCACCUUAUUUAAGCAUAAGGAGGGUGUUCAAUCCAGGCCAGCUAACACUAACCGGCCUGAAUUUCGCAUCGGGAUCGUGUGGCAUUCUUCCCGAGACUGGAAGCGAUUUGGGAAAAUGCCUGAAUUUUGGUGAACAAGUUGGGCUAUUUGAGAGGAUAGUGAAAGAGGAGUUGCCGAAGCAUUUUACGAACUCUACCGAGCUCUCAAACUAUCUGGCGAAGUCGAUAUUUGUGGUCUCCAUAGGCAGCAAUGACUACAUCAACAAUUAUCUCGUCACGCGAGAUUACGACACGAGCAAACGAUACACUCCACAAGCCUACGCUCGACUUCUCGUCGACAAACUUUCCCUACACUUUCGGAAAUUGUACCGUUUAGGAGCUCGAAAGGUUAUAAUGUUCGAAAUCGGGCCAAUCGGGUGCAUUCCCUCCACGACGAGGCAGAUGAAGCACAACGGGACAUGUGUUGAAGAGGUUAACCAGCUCGCAAUAAUGUUUAAUGACAAUCUUGCCCCUAUGCUCCAAAACCUAACGUCAACUCUCCAAGGCUCAACUUUCGUUCUCGGUCAUGGUCACUGGCUCGGCUAUGAUGCCGCUAUCAAUCCGUCUAAUUAUGGGCUAAAUGAUUCGAGCACGGCGUGUUGUGUGACGUGGCUAAACGGGACGUCGGGCUGUAUACCGGAGCUCGGGGCAUUGGCUUGCCGGGACCCGGAAAAGCACUAUUUUUGGGAUGGAUAUCAUCUUACUGAGACUAUGUACAGGACAAUAGCCACAUAUUGUUUUAAUGGAUCCUCUGUUUGCAUUCCCAAAAAUAUACAACAGCUUAUUUCAGAAGCAUGAAGAAAAUANAAAGAAAGAAUAGA